GUGGUGUGCGGUGCGUGUAACUGCGAAUGUAGAAUUUGAUUAUGUUUUUUGUUUCCUCUGAACUAUGGGACGCUGUAACUGUAUACCACAAAGACACAGGAUGGUAUAGGACAGAGGUGGAUGGGGUAUUCGCGGUUAACCGGUACGCAGCAAGAUACCUUGAAACGCGGAUGGCCCAGGCAAGCCCUGUCGUCGUUCACGCUGUCUGUUGUACACGAGUGCUGUUGGCAUGUUGCGUGCUGCGUAUUGUAUGCUCAACCACCAGUAGAACUACGAAUACCGGUAUCAUUAAGUACCAGGGGAGGUUCACAAUCAAUCCACUUGGAACGACCAAUAUUUGAGAACCCCGGACCUGGUCUUAGUUCUUUUGCCUGUAUCGUUCCCGCCAGAUCUCUUCAAUCAUUUUGGGUGUCCCACAUUCAAUUGCAUGCCCUCCCAGAGUCCCAAGCCAAUACACUGCGACACGGUAAGAAGAGCAAUCUGGGACAGGUAGACAGAAGUGGAGCACCCAGAAACGAGCAUCUGCCGGCCAAGGGCCAACGAGGAAGCAUCCAUGAAGUGAAGGAGAACAAUACUGGAACAGCAAAUGGCGGAUGGGCUUCCCUCCUCGGUAGCGCGGCGCAGAUGAAGAGAUUAUCGCCAGCUCGACGGGGUAGUCUACUUCCUACGCUCAAAGACGAACACUCUGCAGCUUCGACAGCAGGGGUACAUGAUUCCGAAAAGGGGUGGGGACAUAUGGAGGGACGGGUAGACAGAAACCAGCAUACAAAGACACCCCACGAUAGCCGGCAAAGGGUUCAGAGAUUACACGCAAUCACCAUCAUUCAUUGAUUGAUUGAUUAAUUGUAUUGCAGUAGUGAGAGGAAAGUCUGGGACGCAUACACGCUUAGACGCGUCUACAGAUGUUGAAUGAGAUUACGGUGGCUCCCGUAGACGGUUACCAAGCAGAACCGUACAAUAGAAUAUUCCGUAGUGGAUUGAUCAUUCGGCAAAGAGCGCGUGAAGAAUAUUGUAAUAGAGUAAUACUCCGUAGAUUCAGUAGAGUAACUAAGUUGACGAAUGCAUGCCUACUGAAGUGACUGAAGCGACUUGAAGCGACUGAGUGUGAGUGAUCUACUCG